ACACACACACACACACACACAGGUAUAUAAGUUUGAGACGGCCUCCAACUUUACCAUUUGUCCUUUGGUUCUCACCUCAUAAACGUCACUCAGUUUUCCUGGCCUACCUCACCUGUACCUGGCCUGCGUGUUUGAGAUGGCCAACCCCUGGGACAGCUACCUCACCCACCUGUCAGCGCACAAACCAGACGAAAGUCCUCCAGUCGCUGAGUCAGCCAUCGUGGGAUUGGACGGCCUCGUCUGGGCUGCAAACGGCAGCUUGACAAAGAUCACGGCCUCCGAGGUGGCCGCCCUCACGGCUGCCGACCGCUUGCCCAUCCUGACGGGCGGGGCCACCCUGGGCGGCGUCAGCUGCACCGUGGUACGCGACUGGUUUCAAGACGACGGCACCGUACAGCUGGCGACCAAAACGGGAGAUCCGAACACGGUCCAGUGCAUUUCCGUCGCCGUCAGCAAGACAGCUGUAGUCAUUGUUAAAGGGCACAUGAAAGUCCCAGGAGGAUCUCUGGCGGAGAGGCCUCUCAAAAUAGCAAACUACCUGAGACAGCAGAACAUGUGAAGCAGCCGAGGAGUCAUCAGCCACUCUGUCACAGCAUUGCAGUGUGUGUGUGUGUGCGUGUGUGUGUGUGUGUGUGUGUGUGUGUGUGUUGCUGAUUCAGCUUUACUAAGAUCACUGAGAUGGUAAAAAUGACUCACUUUUCUCUGUUUCAACCUCCAAAAUGAAAAUGUUGGGUUUGUCCAGACUAAGGAAAUGAUUUGAAGACGAUAAAUCUUUGUUGGAGCUGAAAUUGUCUUAUUUAAAAAAAAAAAAAAA